ACAAUAAUUUCAUAUAAACCACAUGUUGUAAACAGACAAAUCUAAACGUCAUUUUUCAAUCAAAAAAUUUCCAACUUUUUAAAAAUUUUUUGAUCAAGAAAAAAUGGGAAGAAAUUCACAUAAUUUCAAACGUGGUGGCCACAAUAAUCGUGGAAAUAAUCGAGGAAACCAUCGAGGAAAUAGUCGUGGCAAUCACAGAGGAAACCAUCGCGGUGGUGGUCGAGAUAAUUCAAGGAAUUCUUAUGGCCACAACAAAUCCUCAUACAAUGGUCCUCCACGAACUGGAAAGCCAGAAUACCUACAAAAAGUAUCCCUCAAAGAAAAUCAAGUUGGAAUCAAUGAAUUCAUUUCCGCUGGCAAAGGAUUCACCGGAGUUCUCAAAGCCAGAUUCUCUGAUUUCCAUGUAAAUGAAAUCGAUUUAAAUGGAACCAUUGCCAAUUUGAAUGAUUACACAAUUCCUCAGGCAAAAGAUCCCGAUUAUGGCAUUUCGCCUGAGGAAUUGGAAAAAUGUAAAACCGAGAUCUCCGAUGUUGUUACGGAAGAUUUGUGGAAGCAAAUCGAUGAAAUUGCUAAAGGCAAACGCACUGAACCUUUAGAAAUUGUUGUCACCGAAUUGGACAAAGAUAAAAGGACAACAAUUCAUAAGGUUAUAAAGAAAUUGUAUGAAAUGGAAUUGAACAGUUGCACUGUGGACAAACCAGAAGGUGUCAAGUGCAUUAAAAUUAGCCAAUCAAAUCGAAAAGCAAGUCGGAAUAAAUGGUUGUUUCCUGGGGAAUUUGUGCAUUUCUUAAUGUACAAAGAAAAUAUGGACACUUCUGAAGUAGCUGUGAUUCUAGCCAAUUAUCUCAACCUGAAACCAUCACAAGUGAAUUAUUGUGGGACAAAAGAUAAAAGAGGCAAAACUACACAAAAAUUUUGUAUUAAGAAAAGGAAUCCCAGUCAGAUAGUUGCGGCUGUUAAACGAUCAUCAUCGAUUAAAGUUGGAAAUUUUACAUUCCACGAUAAAGUUGUUAAACUUGGAGAGCUUAAGGGAAAUAGAUUCCGCAUAGCACUACGUCAUAUUGAUGGCGAUAAAGAGGAGAUAGAAAAAAUAUUGCAAAAUGUCAAGGAAUUCGGUUUCAUUAAUUAUUAUGGACUACAGCGUUUUGGCAACAAUGCAGAGAUUCCAACUUAUCAAAUUGGAAUAGCACUUUUAAAAAGUGACUACAAAACAGCUUGUGAAUUGAUUUUGAAACCACGUGACAAUGACGUACCUUUUAUGCGUAAAAUACGUGAAACAUGGUGGAAAGAUAGAGACUCAAAAGCAGCCGCUGAUAUGUUCUAUAACGACAGAUUUAUCGAGAAGAAGCUUUUAAACGGAUUAGCUGAAUAUGGCGAGAGUGAUUAUGCAAAUGCGCUGCGCAAAAUUCCAAGAAAUAUGCUUCUACUAUACACACACGCCUACCAAAGUCUUAUAUUCAAUCGAAUCGCUUCGAAGAGGGUUAAAGAGCAUGGUCUUAAGUUAAUGGUUGGUGAUUUAGUUUAUCGAAAUCAAGACGAAUUGGAUGAAAUUGCAUUGGAAACUGAUAGUGAGUUACCUGUUGCUGUUCCUGAUCAAGAAGAUGGUGGGGAUGGUGAAGGAGAUGAAAAAGAAAAUAACGAUGAUUCUGAAAAGCCAAAAGAAGCAGAGUCGUCGUUUAAACAAAAAGUCAAAGCACUAACCGAGGAAGACAUAGCCAGUGGAAAGUAUACAGUAUUUGAUGUCGUUAUUCCACUACCUGGCCAUGACAUAACUUAUCCUGCAAAUGAAUUACAACAAUGGUAUGAAGAUAUUCUCAACGAAGAAGGUUUAAGUUCAGAAAAACUCAAGCACGGUGUGAAGACUUACUCAUUGGCAGGAGCUUACAGAAAACUUCUAAUAAAACCAGAAAAUAUGUCUUGGUACUUUAAGACUUAUAAUACACCUCAAGAAGAUAUUAUUCCAUCACAUUUCGAAAAAUCUACAACUGAAGAAAAGAAAGAAGAAUCUACAAAUGAAGGCCAGUUCACUGCAUUAGUUUUGGAUUUAUGUUUGCCAGCAUCUGUUUAUGCAACGAUGUUCCUGAGAGAGGUUCUCAAGUCUGACACUUCAUCAUCUCAUCAAGCUGAAUUAGAAAAAUCUGCAAUGAAAAAGUUUAAUGAAAAGAAUUCUUCUAAAUCUGAGCAAGGAGAAGAGAGGGAAAAAGAAAGCGACAAGUCUGAUGAAGAAACAAAUUCUCCAAAGGUUAUGGAAAUUGAUGAAACAAAAGAAGAUUCAUCAAUUGUGGAAGAGAAUAAUGAUAUUGAAGAUGAAAAAUCUUUACCAAGUGAAAAAACCGCGGAGAAAAGACCAAUCGAAGAAGAAACUGACGACAGUGAGGUUAAAAAAGCAAAGCUUAGUGAAUAAAUUUAAAUAUUGACAAAUAUAUUUUUUUAAUAUUGAUUCUAUUACACCUUGAAAUAAAAAGUUAUUAAUUUUUUUUUACAUUUUGUUACUUAAAUUGAUGCAAUAAAUCUAAUGUUGAACAUAUUAAA